AUGAGCGAGGGUGACUCGCGUACGAUUGAUCAGCAAAGUGGUGGCAACAGCGCUUCAAAAUACCGAGGGAAAAAAGAUCCAGCAUGGCAGUACUGUACCGCUGAUAUUGGUGGUGGAUUAAAAAAAAUCAUUUGUGAUUUUUGUCAUGUAACAAUCGGCGGUGGAGGAAUUCACCGAAUGAAGGAGCAUCUAGCCGGCGCACCUGGUAAUGUUGUUUCUUGUUCUAAAGUCCCUUCUGAAGUUCGUUUUCGAAUGAAAUCAUCAAUAAAAGAACAUCAAGACAAGAAAAAGGAGAAGGUUAUGAGUGCUGGUAAUGGGGACCAAUGUGAUAAUGAGUUCCAAGAUAAUAGAAAUAGAGCUUUGAUAAACUUCUUAGUUUAUUCUCAACAUGGCGUGUCAUUCAUUAAGUCCGUUGAUAUCUCUAGUAUAGAGGCAAAUGCAGAGAAUCUGUGCAACUUGUUUGCUGAAAUUGUUGAAAUUGUUGGCCCUCAAAAUAUAGUGCAUAUGGUUACUGAUAAUGCUCCAAACUACAAGAAUGCAGGUUCUUUGUUGACUGAGAAAUAUCCUUCAAUUGCUUGGUCACCUUGUGCUGCUCAUUGCAUCAACUUAAUCAUGAAGGAUAUGACAAAGUUGCCUUCAGUAAAUGAUGUGAUUACACUUGCAUCUAGGAUCACUGUUUUUGUUUAUAAUCACAAGUGGCCUCUUAAUUGGUUGAGAAAUAGGCCUGGGUGGACGGAAAUCAUCAGGCCAGGUGAUACUCGUUUUGGUACCAGCUUCAUAGCACUGAAGAGCCUAUAUGAUCAUAAAGAACACUUGCAAGCUUUAGUCAUCAGUCCAGGAUUCAAAAUUUUUUUGAGAGUGGCUAAAGCGAAAGAAGCUAAACAAGUGAUUUUAGAUGAGAAGUUUUGGAAUAAUUGUUUAAUUAUUUCCAAGAUUAUGGGCCCGAUUAUGAGAUUGUUGCGCAUUUGUGAUUCUGAUGAGAAACCGUCACUUGGUUAUGUGUAUGAGGGCAUGUGGAGAGUGGUGAAAGGAGUGAAAGAGUUGUUCAAGAAUAAGGAGAGGUUAUAUGAGAAGUACGUUGAUAUAAUUGAAUCAAGGUGGGAUAGGAUGUUGAAAAAAAAUCUGCAUGCAGUUGCGUUUUGGUUGAAUCCUGCCUUUCAAUAUGAUCCCGAAAGCCCGACUGAUACCUCAGAGGUGAUGGCAGGAUUAGUUAAUGUUUGGGAGACUUUGUGCCCGGGUGUAGAUGGUUUCAUGGAGGAGAUAAAUACCUUUCGUGAAAAAAGGUUAGGUUUUGGAAGGAAGAUGGCUUUGGGUACUUCAAAAUCUUCACGGCCUGAUGAAUGGUGGAGGACUUUUGGUUUUGGUGGAGGACUUUUGGUUUUGAUGAUGAUGGAAAUACUAGUAGCAUCAACGAUGGUUUUUGUGACUUGA